AUGGUCUGGAAGGUAGUUGGAAUGAAGUUUUCUCUUUUACUAGCAGAACUAAAGGUUUUUACCAGGGCUAUUUCGGCAUUGGGAAAACUCGGUGACGAAAUCUACUUUGAAUGUGGUCCGCAUGAGUUCAGCCUUCGAUGCGUCAAUUCAUCUCGUUCGGCAUUCGCUGUUAUUCACUUUUCCGAAUGUUUUUUUGAAAACGCCUCAAAACUUGCGGAUGCUGUUGUACGCUUCAAACUGAAUGCCAAGACAUGCUGUAAGGUUUUUAGGCAGACUGUGGCUUGGGAUAAAGCUCUACAAAGGUGUAAAAUGCGCCUAGAAACUGGUCACAAUAGACUAAUUGUGCAGUUUUUCCAAAGACAUGGAAUUGUCAAGACCUAUGACCUGCCUAUUAUUGAAUGUGAAAGUCUUGAAGCUGUGUAUAGUAUAAGUAACACAACCUGUCAAAUCGUGAUGUCGUCAAAGGUGGCCAGCGAAAUCAUGCAAAAUUUUAGGCCAAGUCAAACUGAAGUGACAAUGGACUUGCAGGAAGGCGAGUGCAUCUUUCGUAAUUACGUUCCUGACUCAGACUUUGCUGCUGUCAUUACGCAUAUUCCGGUUGCUUCCACCGAGUUCGAGGCUUAUCGUUUGGGCGAAGAAUGCGAUCUCACUUUCUGUCAAAAAGAUUUUCGAGCUGCCCUCAUGUUUGGCAAUUCCAUGAAUGCCCUGUUUGUUAUUAACUGUAGUCGACCUGGAAAACCCUUGGUCCUCACGUUCACGGAUGAAAAACAUUACAAAGCUCACUUCGUCCUCGCUACGCUGCCAUUACCGUACUUCCCAACGAGAAUUCCACUGAAUUCUAUUAACGCUUUGUCGCAGUCUAGAUCGAGGUCUAAUGUCGAUGUGUCGGUCGCCUCUCCUUUUGAUGAUACUCACCAGGAAAUAGCUAAUCCGCCUUUAAAUACCACUUUAAUGACGGCCUCAACUCAGGUUCUUCACUCUUCCAAUCAUGAAACCUCAACAGCUCAGCUAACUGCUUCUACACCACUUGCAGUACAUUGUCAAAACGAAACCGAGCCACCCAUUAAAAAGGCGCGCUCGGUGCUGUUCUCUUACCUGGGUGGUGGGAAUGCCGACGACUCCUUCUUCUUAAAUCCACCCCCUGCCCAGGAGCCCGAGAGCCUGUGCGAGGACUCUCUGGAGGAUGACUCUGCAGGAGACCGUGGUGAUGGCAGCAGCGACGCUGCAACCUGCGGUCGACUCACCACCCGCCGCGCCGACGUCAGAGUAGCUGCCACCGCGGGUUGGCGCAGUGCCGACGGUCUGUGCGCGCCACCACCCGGACACUCUAGUCCCACCCUCCUCGUUGCUGAUUCGGAUGAAGAAACUUGA